AUUAGUAGCAUCGUUCGCUGCUGGUUUUGAAGCAGGAUGAACGCGCCACCAGCAUUCGAGUCUUUUUUGCUGUUUGAGGGAGAAAAGAAGAUCACAAUAACCAAAGACACCAAGGUGCCGAAUGCAUGUCUGUUUACUCUAAAUAAAGAGGAUCACACACUGGGAAACAUCAUCCGAUCGCAGUUGCUGAAGGACCCCCAGGUGCUGUUUGCUGGAUAUAAGGUUCCUCAUCCUCUGGAGCAUAAGGUUGUGAUCCGCGUUCAGACGACACCAGACUACAGUCCUCAGGAAGCCUUCACUAAUGCCAUCACGGAUCUGAUCAGUGAGCUGUCCCUGCUGGAGGAGCGAUUUAGGGUUGCCAUCAAAGACAAGCAGGAGGGGAUAGAAUGAAGAAGCAUCACUAUAAUGGGCGACAACAAUUUAUUCACCAUGGACUGAAUGCCACUCACCAACUGGCUGUCUAUAAUGAGCUACAAUGCAUCCAGUUAUUUAUUUUCUUGAAAGAUUUUGACAGCUGACAGGCUCUCAGAAUUAAAAAAGUAAGAUCUUUAACAACACUUAGGUUAAGAUUGUUGAGUUUCACUUCCAGUGUUGUUAUUUUUUUCUAAAAAAA